UUUAGACUCCAGGAACCAUCUUCUCCGAUGGAUCUGAGUUACAUGAAGCGUAUAAAAUUUUAUUUCACACUGUUGGGAGCUUGGCCCUAUAAAGAGCUCUAUGAAACGUAUAAGGAAAAACCGAGAAAAAUCCCCUUAAGGAAUUACAAGACCCUGUUCGUGUUAUGGAUUGGAGUACUUUUGAGUGGUGUACUGUAUUUGAAAAGUCAUAUAAGAAAACUCAGUUUCUUCGAACUCGGUCAUAGUUACAUAACGGUGUUUAUGAAUUUUAUUGCCGUGCAACGAGUCAGCACGCCGAUCAUGAAGUCAUAUCGCAGAACUGUUGUAGAUUUCGUCCUGAAAUUGCAUCUUUUUCAUCACAAACACAAAUCAGAAUACGCCAUGAAGGUUUAUCAGCAAGUUCACAGGAUAUCAUCAUUGUUUUCAAUUUUCCUCUACAUUCUUAUGUAUGUGGGUAACAUACUGUUCCAACUAAUGCCACUCUACAACAACAUUCAAUCAGGGGCAUUCAAAGCAACUUCACAUAGUAUAGAAAACGGAACUCGCUAUGAACACUCAGUAUAUCACUAUACACCAUUUGAAUAUCACAAUUUUGGAUACUCAGUUAUUUUUAUAAUUAAUUGGAUUCUUGUAUUUGAUUGUUCCAUUACUUUUUGUACAUAUGACUCCUUGAUGACACUGAUUGUGUUCAACAUUUGGGGACAUUUGAAAAUAUUAAAAUACAAUUUGGAACAUUUUCCGAGACCCAGAGCACUGGGUGACACAAACUCUACGAAUUCAAUAAUGUAUACCGACGAGGAGUUAAAAAACGUUCAAGCGUUGUUGAAAGAGAAUAUUGCAUACCAUAUAAUGGUUACUCGAUUUAUGUCCCAGGCUUCGAAAGCUUUUGGUCCGAUCAUGUGUUUUUAUUACUUGUUUGACCAAGUCAGUGGAUGCAUUCUACUGUUGGAAUUAUCAGCAAUGGACAUGGAAGCAAUUGUAAGUUAUGGUAUUCUAACAGCUAUUCUCUUACAACAACUGGUACAAAUAUCUGCUAUAUUUGAAAUCAUCGGAUCGCAGAGCGAAACGUUAAAAAAUACCAUUUACAAUUUACCUUGGGAGUAUAUGGAUGUAGAAAAUAGAAAAAUUGUAUUGAUAUUCCUGAACAAUUCUCAAAAACCGAUAACAUUAAAAGCCAUGGGAAUGAUUUAUGUUGGAGUUCAAACAAUGGCGACUAUUAUGAAAACGUCAGUAUCGUAUUUCAUCAUGCUUCGCACUUUUGCUGAAAAAUAA